AUGACGGCCGCCACGCAGGCCAUCACGCCUCCCGACCUCUCCACGCUCCUCACGCCCAUCCUGCCCGCCCUGCCCCCCGCGGCCGCCUCCUCCGACCCCGCGCCCGGCAUCCUACCCUUUCUCGCGCCCAUCCUACGGCAGCGCGUGCAGAUCCUCUCCUCCGCCUCGUCGGAGCCCUGGCUGCGGCUCCUCUGCUACGACGCCGCCAAGGCCCCGCGCCUCGCCGAGGUCGUCGCCGCGAGCAGCGGCGCCUUUGAGCCGCACCCCGUCUCGGGCGAGGUCGAGGUCGACUGGGCGCACGACGCCGAGACGCGCUUCCGCCGCGUCGACCGCGAGACGCUGCAGUGCCUGGUCGCGCUCGUCGAGACGGGGCUCGCCUUUCGCCUCGUGCACUGCACCGACGACCCGGACGGCGCCGCCGACGGCUGGCGCAUCGGCGAGGUGACGGUCGCGGACAAGCCCGAGCCCUUUGCGCACUUUGGCGGCGGCAGUGCCGCGUCCGUGGCCGACGCCGAGCGUCUGUUCCAGGAGACGACGGCGGGGUCCAAGACAGGCAGCGCCACAGCCACCAAGUCGCUGACGCCGGCGCCCCCUGCUGACGAAGACGACGAAGACGACGACGGGUACUGGGACCGCUACGAUGCGACGCCCGCGCGCACGCCGGCCAACAACCGCUCGCCCGCGCCGCCCACGGCCACCAACGGCGGCACCGGGCUGCACUAUGGCCAGACAGCGGCCAACAACGACGAGGACGACUACUACGCGCAGUACGACGACGUCCAGCCCGCCAUGGACGGCCACGACCCCGACGAGGAGGCCCACGCCGCGCAGCUCGACCCCCCCGCGAGCGGCCUCUCCCCGCUGGCGGAGCAGCUGCGCCGCGAGAGCUGGGAGGCCGUGAGCAAGCAGCAGCCCGCCGCCUCCUCGGGCGGCGCGCGCGACCGCAGCACCAGCUCCGCCGAGCGCAUCCUGCUGCAGCACCCGCGGCCCGCGUCCAGCGCCGCCGCCUCGUCCAACGGCUCCGACACCGUCGCCAGGCUCGAGGCUGCUGCCGCCGCCGCUGGUGGCGGUGGCGGCGGAAUGCAGGAGCAGUCCGAGUUUGGCGUCCGGCAGCACGUGUCGCGCAGCAUCCGCAGCCUAUUCCAGCUGUCCCGCAGCAUGGGCAUGGGCCGCGACGAGUUUGAGCAGAUGGUCAAGACGGAGCUGGACGUGCUGGGCAUGAUGGAGGAGUAA